UCCGCCCUCCGCUCUUGCGAAUGCGUAUUAAAGUUGGGUCGCUGCUCAAAACCUUUGAACUUUACAUUUGAUCAUAAUAAUAUAUUGUUUUUUACAUGACUAGUCGUGUUUAAAUGCUUUAGAUAUGUCGUCGGUCGUGAGCUCUGGUAAUGGGGAGUGCAACGCAAAAGAAAUAGGGGACCAGGAACAUCCUCGCGUGCUGAUCCCAGAGCUCUGCAGGCUCUUCUAUGAGCUGGGUUGGGUGACAGGUACAGGGGGAGGAAUAACCCUGCGGCAUGGAGACCGCAUUUAUAUAGCUCCCUCAGGUGUUCAGAAGGAGAGAAUACAACCAGAGGACUUGUUUGUGUGUGACAUAGAUGAGAGGGACAUCAGCUGUCCACCUCCACAGAAGAAGUUGAAGAAAAGCCAAUGCACGCCCCUCUUCAUGAACGCCUACACUAUGAGAGGAGCUCAGGCAGUUAUCCAUACACACUCAAAGGCUGCUGUCAUGGCAACUCUCAUGUUUCCUGGGAAGGAAUUCCACAUCACACAUCAAGAGAUGAUCAAGGGGAUUCGAAAAGGAAACUCGGGCACAAAUUACAGGUAUGAUGACACUCUAGUUGUUCCAAUUAUUGAGAACACCCCAGAGGAGAAAGACCUGAAAGAGCGCAUGGCCCGAGCCAUGGAUAUGUACCCCGACUCCUGCGCUGUUCUCGUCCGCAGACAUGGGGUGUACGUUUGGGGAGAGACCUGGGAAAAAGCAAAAACCAUGUGUGAGUGUUAUGAUUAUUUAUUUGACAUCGCUGUUCAGAUGAAACGAUGUGGCCUGGAUCCCUCGGCUGUUCCCACUGAAGCUAAAGGCAUUGUUUGACAUAAUUGAAUAUCUACAAUCAACAACUGUAAUCUUCAUGUUUAUUAAAUAUUAAAUGAUCUUUUCACAUUGUUUUUAAAAAUGUAAAAUUCAGUUUUUCUAAUUUAAGAUUAAACAUUUACAAACUGAUGAAAUUGUUUUU